GAUGACAUUUUCGAACGUACCUCUAUGUGUAGGAGUUAUAUGAUACUUCGAUACAAACUUAAAAGCGUGAGAUAUAGCGGCAAACACCUUCUCAACAACACAUGGGAACAUCAAGCUUUUGUUUACGACUGAUAAUUUGACAGUUGUGAAAUUCAUCGAAAUUUUGUAAAAUAUGGAAGACAAGUCGCAAAAGGAACAAUCCAUAGAAAACCCAGAUAUCAAUCAAGAUGAGUUGAUACUUCAACAACAAAGACGAAUCGAGAAGGAGAUCUCAGAAUCCAUAGCUUUAGUUGGCGAAAAGGAGCCAUUAAAAAGCUUAGAACAAGAAUAUAAAGAAGACGAAGUGUAUCUUUCAAAGGCAAAAGCCUUGGCUAAAAAAUAUUCCUACAUUAGGAGAACAAGACCUGACGGCAACUGUUUUUUUAGAGCAUUUAGUUAUGCUUAUUUGGAGAAAUUAAUUGGAAAUAAGGAAGAAUAUGAUAAGUUUCGUGAUUUAGCUUUAAAAAGCAAGGAUAGCCUUGUAGCUCUAGGUUUUCCUCAUUUUACAGUUGAAGAUUUUCAUGACACAUUUAUGGAAGUAAUUGACAAAGUAGGGAGUAGUGAUACAGAAUCCAGUCAUAUGGAGUUACACAAAUUAUUCAAUGAGCAAGGUUAUUCAGAUUAUGUUGUUGUAUAUCUUAGAUUAAUUACAUCUGGUCAGUUACAACGAGAUGCAGACUUCUAUCAACAUUUUAUUGAAGGGGAACGCACUAUUACUGAAUUCUGCCAUCAGGAAGUCGAACCAAUGUAUAAAGAAUCUGACCAUAUUCAUAUUAUAGCAAUGAGCAGUGCAUUAGGAACUGGUGUUAGAGUUCGAUACAUGGAUAGAGGUGCAGGAACUGAAGUAACAGCUCAUGACUUUCCUGAAGGUGCCAUACCAGCUGUGCACUUAUUAUAUCGUCCUGGUCAUUAUGAUAUUCUUUAUCCUUGAUAAAUUCAACAUUACACAACUUUUUCUCAUAUUAUUUUCUACAAAAUAAACUUCUUACUAGACUACUCUGAUCUAAUAUAAAAACAGUUUGUAGUAACUAAAAUUAGUUUUAUUUUAUUCUCAGGAAUAUUUGCAUUUGUUA